UAUUAAAAUUGUCCAACAAAUUGCAAUCCUUAUGGGAUGUGCUGUUCUUCCUCACCUCAAACAACUUGUUGAGAUUGUAGAAGGUGGAUUAGUGGAUGAUCAACAAAAAGUUAGAACAAUUACUGCCCUCGGUAUUGCUGCUUUGGCAGAAGCUGCUACUCCUUAUGGAAUUGAAGCUUUUGACUCUGUUUUGAAGCCGUUAUGGAAAGGAAUUCGUACGCACAGAGGAAAAGGAUUGGCUGCAUUUCUCAAAGCUAUUGGUUUUCUCAUUCCGUUGAUGGAUGCUGAAUAUGCUAGUUAUUAUACAAAAGAAGUGAUGCUUAUAUUAAUUCGGGAAUUUGUUUCUCCCGACGAAGAAAUGAAAAAGAUUGUUUUGAAGGUAGUAAAACAAUGUUGUUCUACAGAUGGUGUAGAACCUCUUUAUAUUAGAGAAGAAAUUUUGACUCCUUUCUUUAGAGCAUUUUGGAAUCAUCGGAUGGCUAUGGAUCGACGAAAUUAUAAACACUUGGUUGAUACAACAGUUGAAAUAGCUCAAAAGGUUGGUUCUGUUGAAAUUGUUAGUAGAAUUGUUGAUGAUUUAAAAGACGAAAAUGAACAAUACAGAAAAAUGGUAAUGGAAACAAUUGAAAAUAUUAUGGCUUUAAUGGGUGCAGCGGAAAUUGAUUCUCGUUUAGAGGAACAAUUAAUUGAUGGAAUUUUGUAUGCGUUCCAAGAACAGACACAAGAGGAUCCAAUAAUGCUUGAAGGUUUCGGGACAGUCUGUAAAGCUUUAGGACGUCGAACAAAACCAUACCUCCCCCAAAUUUGUGGAACUAUAUUGUGGCGUUUAAAUAAUAAAUCUGCUAAAGUUCGUCAACAAGCUACUGAUUUGAUUGCAAAAAUAGCCCCAGUAAUGAAUGUUUGUCAGGAAGAAAAAUUAAUGGGACAUUUGGGAGUUGUUUUAUACGAAUAUUUGGGUGAAGAAUACCCUGAAGUACUUGGAUCUAUUUUGGGGGCAUUAUCUGCUAUUGUUUCUGUUAUUGGAAUGACUAAAAUGACACCUCCUAUAAAAGAUUUAUUACCUCGUCUUACACCAAUUCUUAAAAAUCGACAUGAAAAAGUUCAAGAAUUUUGUAUUGAAUUAGUUGGUAAAAUUGCUGAUCGCGGCUCAGAAUUUGUUUCAGCACGUGAAUGGAUGCGUAUAUGUUUUGAAUUGUUAGAAUUACUUAAAGCCCACAAAAAAUCAAUUCGGCGGGCAGCAAUAAAUACUUUUGGAUAUAUUGCUAAAGCUAUUGGUCCCCACGAUGUUUUGGCAACUUUAUUGAAUAAUUUAAAAGUACAAGAACGUCAACUUCGUGUUUGUACAACUGUGGCUAUUGCUAUUGUGGCAGAAACUUGUGCACCUUUUACUGUUUUACCUGCUAUAAUGAAUGAAUAUCGAGUACCAGAAAUUAAUGUCCAAAAUGGUGUAUUAAAAGCUUUCUCAUUUAUGUUUGAAUAUAUUGGUGAAAUGGCUAAGGAUUAUAUUUAUGCAGUUACUCCUUUACUUGUUGAUGCUAUGAUGGAAAGAGACGUAGUUCACCGACAAAUAGCCAUUGAUGCUUGUGCACAUUUAAUUCUCGGAGUGCAUGGAUUUGGUUGUGAAGAUGCAUUAAUACAUUUAUUCAAUUUUAUUUGGCCAAAUAUGCUAGAAAAUUCUCCUCAUGUUAUUCAACGUUUUGUUUUUGCAUGUGAUGCUUUGCGUGUUUCGCUUGGACCGAUUAAAGUUUUGCAAUAUUGUUUACAGGCUCUAUGGCAUCCGGCGAGAAAAGUUCGAGAACCGACUUGGAAGGUCUUCAACAAUCUAAUUCUUGGAUCUCAAGAUGCGGUUGUUGCUGGAUAUCCCCGAAUUCAAAAUACGGACAGAAACCUUUAUACCCGUUAUGAACUUGAUUAUAUCCUUUGA